GGUUAGACCUCGGAGUCUGUUUGUCGAUGGAGCAACCACCGCCGCCGCCACAGGCGCCGCCAAAUGAGCAACAACUUCCGCCGCAACAGCAGCUACCGCCGCUACAAUCAGCUGCGUUGCCGACGGCGCCGCCUCUUACAUCCUCCUCCGCUGCGCCGUCCUCGCUUUCACUCCCUCCUCCUGCGGCGACGGAUACCGUGCGUUCUCCCAAUCCAAACCUAAACCCCGCUCUCAAUAUCUCCCAAUCAAGGCCGGCAUCGCAGCCAGCGACGUCGUUUUCUCGGCCAUGGCAGCAGCCAUCGCCAUUCCAGCACUUCUCAUUGCCUCCUCCGCCGCCUCCUCCGGGGCCUCACUCUGCCUCCGCCUCCGCCUCCGCCGCUCCUUCGUCUAUGCCGCCGCCGCCUCGGGGCGGAAUGGCGAUUGGUGUCCCGGCCCAUCACGUCGGGCCCGGGCCUCCUCCCCCGCCCGCCUCGUUUUCGUCUUUGGCUCCGCCUUCCUUUGGCCAACAAUUCGGUGGAUUGGGGCGCAAUGUGCCUGAUUCUGUGCCUACUUCAAGCUCAUCCCAGGUGAGACAGCCAAUACAAGGAAUGCAAGGAGUGGGAAUUAUGGGUGCCAUUGGUUCCAGUUCAGCAAUGAGGGCAGCUGGGGUUCCUCAACAUCCAUUGAGAUCAAUUACCUCAUCUCUUAGAGCACAGGCUGUCACUCAGUCUCCUGGUUCACAAAAUUUUCAAGGACAUGGCAUGCUGAGAGUUCAAUCAGUGGGAUCUCCAAUUUCUCCUGCUACUUCUCAGAGUCCACAGUCGCAGAAUCAGCCUUGGUUAUCUUCGGCUGCACAAGGGAAGCCUCCGUUGCCACCCCCCUCGCUGAGGCCUCAGAUGAGCCCACAAUUAUUGCAGCAACGCUCUCAUAUUCCUCCACAGCAUCACCAUACCAUGCCUACCUCUCCGCAGCCACAGCAUACAUCUUCUGCCCAACAGUCACAGCCUUCAAGUUCAGUUCCCGCUCCUGAGAACUUGGCACAGCAAGUUCAACCAUCAAGGAAUCAACAGUCUUUCCCCAAUCAACCACCAAUUGCAAGGGGUCAAGGAUUGGGAAUUCAAAGGCCCCCGUCUCUUGCAACGCUGCAACCUGGUUCUGUUCAGGCCGGAUCACUUUUUAGAACUGCUGCUGUGGAGACUGAGGAGCCUUGUAAUAGGAUUCUGAGCAAAAGAAGCAUCCAGGAGCUCGUGACUCAGAUUGAUCCCUCAGAGAAAUUGGAUCCUGACGUUGAGGAUAUCCUUUUAGAUAUUGCUGAGGACUUUGUGGAAUCUAUUACAACCUUUGGUUGCUCAUUGGCAAAACACCGAAAAUCCUCUGUGCUAGAAUCGAAGGACAUCCUUAUAAACGUUGAAAGGAACUGGAACAUAUCUCUUCCGGGGUUUAGCGGGGAUGAAAUUAGGACCUACAAGAAACCAUUCACAACUGACAUUCACCGAGAGCGGCUUGCUGUUAUCAAGAAAUCUGUCGCCACUGCAGAGGCGUCGAAUUCAAAGAGCGGGGCUGGACAAGGUGGAAACUUGAAGAGCCAUAUGGGAAAAGCACCUGCCAAUAUUAUGAGUCCCCCUAAUACAAAAACCUAAAGCUCUAACACCAUUGUUUUGGAACACUGGUUGUGCCAAGCUUACCAUUACACCAGUCACCAGGUAUGCUGACUCUGUUACAAUAGAGUAUCUGUUCAUAAGAGUCAAUAUCACCUCUACUGAGGCUUGAACUCACAACAUCUCAUAUGGGAGUGCAACUUGGUACCACUAGACCACAAGGCCUUAGCUCCUGUUUAUUGUUUCUUGAUCUUCUAUCUUAUAUGCAUAGUGUAUGUACUCUCUCAUCCAGCGCAACUUGAGGGUGUCGAAAUCUUUUCUGUCCACAACUUUAGCGUAACAACAACAUCAUCAUCAUCAUCAUCAUCAUCAUCAUCCCCGCGGUGAAUAACAAAGUGAAGGCUGCACAAUGACCCGGAGGCGCAAUACCCGAAUAUGGGCAGGAAAAACGGAAAAAAGCACUGAACUUUCCUAUUGCCAAACUCUUCCCAGUUGAGGCAAGUACAUAGAAAUAGUCAAAAACCAAUACUCUGAACUCUCUGUACUUGCUGUUUUUACAUACAAUUGAUGGCUUUAUGGAUUUUCUAUGCCUUUAGAUCUUGUUUUCAAUCAACAUCUCCACCGGAUCUGCCAUGGUCCAUGGAUAAGCACUAUCUGUUUUUGAGUUUUGACAGCUAAAAAUUGCUAAUAAAAGCAAUCAACAUAUGUUUCUGAGUUGUCAGUGGCA